AUGGAGUUGCACAAACACGACCACGAGCCGCCGCCCGUCGACCGGCCCGAUAGCGCGGAGAUAGUGUCGCUGGCGGUGGCGCCGGUGGGCGGCGCGUGGUGGGCGUGGUGGGCCGACGGCGCGGGCCGCGUGCGCCGCGUGCGCCUGCGCAGCGCGUCGCCCGCGCGCGCCAAGCUGGCCGCGCACGCCGCGCACGCCGCGCUGCCCGCGCUGCCCGACGCGCUGCCCGACCUGGCCGACGCCGACACCGUCGUGAACGACGGCGGAGUGGUCCGCGGCGUCGCGGUGGACCCGGUGUCGGAGCGACUGUACUGGACCAGCGUGCGCGCCGCGCCGCCCGCCACGCGCGACGCGCUGGGCGUGCUGCGGGCGCGCGAGCACGGCACGGUGGGCGCGCUGCACGUGGCGGCGCUGGACGGCCGCCGCCGCGUCACGCUGUGGCAGCGGCCCGGCGCGGAGCCCGACGACGUCGCCAUCUCCGUGCAGACGGGCGAGAUCUUCUGGUCGGAGCGCGGCGCGUGGGGCGGCGUGCUGGGCGCGCGGCUGGACGGCGGCGGCGUGCGCUGGGUGCUGCGCGCGCGGGCGCGGCGCCCGUCGGCGCUGGCGCUGCUGGCGCCCGCCGCGCGCCUGUACGUGCUGGACGCGUACUACUCGGCGCUCGACAGCGUCGCCCUCGACGGCUCGGACCGCGCCACGCACGUGCUGUUCCGCUCCGACGCCGCGUCGCCGGUGCCGCCGCACGUCGCUAAGGAUAAAGAGGGCGUAGAAUGGCAACGCGUCAGCAGUCGCACGUGCUUGCGUAUGGCGGUGUGGGAGGAGUCGGUGUGGUGCGCCACCACGCGCGGGCUGCUGGCGCUGCCGCGUCGCGUGCCCACGAACUCCUCGGCGCACGCGCACGCACACGCGCACGCGCCGCCGCGACACCGGGCGCCCGUGUCCGCGCUGGCCAUACUGCACCCCGCGCUGUUCUACAUGCUGCCCGCCGCGGAGGACCCGUGCCGGGCGGCGGCCUGCGCGCCGAGCGCGCUGUGCGUGCGCAGCGCCGCCGGCCGUGCCUGCCUGUGCCCCGACGGCCUCAGCCCCGACGGCCCCGACGGCCUCGGCCCCACCGACGGGCGUCGCGAGUGCGUCAUAUCGAGCGAGAGCACAAACGCAAGCGUCGACGCGACUGCGUGCUCGCUGGGGUGCGGACCGGGCACGUGCGUGCGCGUGGGCUCGACGGAGGCGUGCGCGUGCCCCGGCGAGUACGCGGGCGCCCGCUGCCAGCACUACCGCUGCGCCGUGCACUGCAAUCGUCGCGGCCGCUGCCACCUGGCGGACGAGAGCGGCAACCACACGCACGUCGGCGACGACGACUUGCCCGCGUUGAUGUGCUCGUGCUACGCGGGGCGCGGCGGGGCGCGCUGCGAGGCGGACGCGUGCGCGCGCGGGCUGGCGGGCGUAAACUGCACCGAGUGCGCCGACGGGCCGGAGGGGGCCGCUUGCCGGGACAGGGAGAAGGCUCUGUGCGAGAACUACUGUCUGAACGACGGCGCGUGCGCGGCGGCGGGCGGGCGCGCGCGCUGCGCGUGCGGCGCGGGCUGGCGCGGGCCGCGCUGCGGGGAGCCGGACGGAAAAUUUAAAGGUAUCGGACCUUCGGACCGGGAAUCGAACCGUCCAUCGAUAAGAUGCGAGCCGAUGCGAGCCGAUGCGAGUCGAUCAGCUGUAGUGUCCCGCGCGCGAGCCGAGCGGCGCCGUGACCUUGACCUUAUGCCGCGAACCGCGCGUACUGGAAGCGGCGGCGCUGUUAUACAUUGA